GCGAGAAUGGUUGUGCUAUUUUUAGACACUGGACUUUCCAAACAUGUGUUUUUUCAUCGUUGACCUAGUUUGAAUUGUAAAUAUGUCAAAGACGGAAUUCUCAGAGCAUCCUGUGUACAAGGAAAUAGCAGGAUUUGGAUUUACUACAGAUUCCAAGACAUUACAAGCAUUUAAAAUAUACAUGGACCUGUGUGAAGCCAAAGGUUGGUGGAAUGUGAAGUGUCAUGCGUGCUCCGAGUUGUCACGCGUGUUUGUGUCUGGUCACGCAAACAGAAACACGCCACGUGAGCUCGUGCUUCCAGUAGGCGUUGAGGAGACCCUCAGCCAUGACGUUAUCCAGAGUUUCCUUAAAACCGUGCGAUUAGAAGGAUAUUCCACAGAAUCUCUAACGCUGGGCCUGUGUUCUGGGGACGGAUCUGCAGUUUACUACCGCUUGACUGAUGGCCUCUUGCCUCCCGAGCCACCUGACGUCACCGAGUGGAGGAAGUACAGGCGGGAGGAGAAAGGGAACCUACAGCGAUAUCACCAAGGAGAGCAGACAAAACAAUACAUCGCCUUUCAACAACAUCAGCAGCAGGAGCAACAGCAACAAUUAAAAGAACAACUAACGGACACUUGAUCUAUAUAAUAAAUAUUAAAUAAAUUUUGAUUUACUCAA